AUGUCAAUCAAUCUUAACAAAUUAUUGGAGGAAUUUAAAUUCGAUUCCUAUGACUAUUCCCAAUCCGGUCCAAUAGAAUGGAGAUUAGUCGUCAAAGAAGGUCGUCAACGUUGGAUUCCAUUCCCACAAUCUUUAUUAAAACAAUCGGGAGAAGAACAAUCAAAUGUUGAUAAACACUUGUUAAACAAGCCUUCAAAUUUUGAAGAUCCAAUCACUUAUAUUAAUAAUCAUCCUCUUGUUGUGGGUACAACAUCAAGUAAUAUUAGUUCCACCAAUGAUGAUGACCAAGCAACUACUAAUGCCGAUAAUGAUGACAAAUUAAAAUACAUCUUUAAUAAGAGUAAUAAUUAUAUAAUUAAUUUAGAUGAACAUCAAGUUGAUGCUAGUAUAUUGAAAGCUAUUGAUUUCUAUUCUAGUGUUCAAACACAAGAUGGACAUUGGGCCGGAGAUUAUGGUGGUCCAAUGUUUUUAUUACCUGGUAUUGUGAUUGUGUUAUAUAUUUGUCAAAAGAGAUUACCUAAACCAUUUGAAUAUGAAAUUGUUAGAUACAUCUUGUCUAAACAAAAUCAAGAUGGAGGUUAUGGACUUCAUAUUGAAGGUCACUCAACCAUUUUUGGUACAGUUUUGAAUUAUGUUGCAUUGAGAUUGUUGGGUGUUAGUCCAGAUCAUUCAUGCAUGAAAUUAACAUUGGAAUUCCUUAGUAAGGAACCUGCUAACGGUGCUUUGGGAGCACCACAAUGGGCUAAAUUAUAUUUAUGUUGUUUGGGUUUGAUGGAUUGGGAUUGUAUUGAUCCAAUUCCAUGUGAAUUAUGGUUAUUACCUGAUUGGUUCCCAUAUAUUCAACCAGGUAAAUGGUGGUGCCAUUGUCGUGUUGUUUAUUUACCAAUGGCAUACUUGUAUGGUAUCAAGAAGGUUUAUGCCAAUGCUGAAACUGAUCCAAUUAUUUCACAAUUGAGAAAUGAAUUAUACGAUCAAGUCUCCAAGACAAGUUAUCAAAAUCAACCUUGGUCAAAGUAUAGAUCAUAUGUUAAUCCACGUGACAAUUACCAUCCAUUCACUCAACUCUAUUCUAAAUUUGCUAGUGUUUUGACUGUUUAUGAAAAGUAUAUUAAUUUCUCAUUCUUGAGAAAUGCUUCAUUGAAGAAGUGUAUUGAACAUAUCAAAUAUGAAGAUAGUGUCACCAAUCAUAUCUGUAUUGGUCCUGUCAAUAAGGUAUUGAACAUGUUAUCAGUAUUUUUCAGUGACGGAUCAGAUAGUGAACUUUUCAACAAACAUUUAGAUAGAGUUUAUGACUAUUUGUGGUUAUCUGAUGAUGGUAUGAAAUUCCAAGGUUAUAAUGGUUCUCAAUUGUGGGAUACUGCUUUUGCUUCUCAAGCUAUUUGUGAAUAUUACAAGAGAUUCAAGAACCAAGAUAAUCAAAUUUCAUGUCAAGGAUCAUUUAAGAAUGAGCAUUUGAAUUCGCUUUUGAAUGCUUACAACUUUAUCAAUUUCACUCAAGUCAAGGAAGACGUUCCAAAUAGAAUGGAAUAUUAUAGACAUCAAUCUAAGGGUGGUUGGCCAUUCUCUACACGUGAUCACGGUUGGCCAAUUUCUGACUGUACUGCUGAAGGUUUGAAGGCUGUUUUGACCUUGUACGAUUUUGAUGAAUUAAUUCUCAGUGAAGAAAGAUUAACAGAUGCUGUCCGUGUCAUUUUGUCCAUGUUCAAUGGUGGUACAAAUGGUGGUUGGGCAACUUAUGAAUUGUCUCGUACACACUCAUGGAUUGAAAUUAUCAAUCCUGCUGCUUUGUAUGGUGAAAUUAUGAUUGACUAUCCACACACUGAAUGUACAAGUGCCUGUAUUACUGCCUUGUUGCAAUUCAAGAAACACUUCCCACAAUCUCCAUACGUUCCAAUGAUUGAUGAUAGUAUCAAACAUGCUAUCAAAGUAAUUGAAGGAAAACAAAUGGAAGAAGGUGGUUGGUAUGGUGGUUGGGCUGUCUGUUUCUGUUAUGGUACAUGGUUUGCCACUACUGCCAUUGUCAGUGCUGAUCCAACACUCAACUAUGGUAAUUCACAAGCUUUGAAGCGUGGAUGUGAUUUCAUUGUUGCCAAACAAAUGGAAGAUGGUGGUUGGGGAGAAAGUUAUCUUUCAUGUGUGACUCACCGUUAUUCACAUGCUGAAACUUCACGUGUUAUCAGUACUGCUUGGUCUUUACUCGCCUUGAUGACUUCAAAUUAUCCAAAUCUUAAGGUUAUUGAAAAGGGUAUCUAUUGUUUGAUGAGAAAACAAUUACCAAAUGGUGACUUCCCACAAGAAUCCAUUUCUGGUGUUUUCAAUCACAAUUGUAUGAUUACCUAUACAAACUAUAGAAAUAUCUUCCCAAUCUGGGCUUUAUCCAUGUACAUGAACAAGUAUCACUCUAAAUUAGUUCAAUAA